UCAUCUGAUGUAGCAAACCAAAAACUCUCAAACUUACUCUUUUCGGUAUGCUUCAAAUACGUUAAACUCGGCUACCAUUACCUAGUAUCUAACGCCGUCUACAUCCUCCUCGCAGCAACCUCCUUACUCAACCUCUCCAAUCAAACUCUCUUAUACAACCACCUCCUCUCAUCCACUCUCUUUGCCGCUGCGCUUAUCUUUCUAACCACCUACUUCACAACCCGUCCUCGUAAAAUUUUCCUCCUCGAUUUCGCUUGCUACAAACCCGACCCUUCUCUUAUAUGCUCACGAGAAACAUUCAUGGAUCGGUCUCAACGUGUAGGUAUCUUCUCAAAAGACAACCUCGCUUUCCAACAAAACAUCCUCGAACGUUCCGGUUUAGGGCAAAAGACUUAUGUCCCGGAGGCUCUCUUACGUGUCCCGCCAAAUCCUUCUAUGUCUGAAGCUAGAAAAGAAGCUGAGACGGUUAUGUUUGGAGCUAUAGACGCAGUGCUUGAGAAAACCGGAGUGAAGCCAAAGGAAAUUGGGAUACUUGUGGUGAAUUGUAGCCUGUUUAAUCCAACACCUUCUCUAUCGGCUAUGAUUGUGAAUAAAUAUAAGCUUAGAGAAAACAUUUUGACCUAUAAUCUCGGUGGUAUGGGUUGUAGUGCUGGUCUUAUCUCCAUCGAUCUAGUUAAACAGCUUCUUCAGGUCCAAGCAAAUUCAUAUGCACUAGUAGUGAGUACAGAGAACAUAACCCUAAACUGGUACACAGGCAACGACCGAUCAAUGCUUCUCUCAAACUGCAUUUUCCGAAUGGGCGGCGCCGCCGUUCUCUUCUCCAACCGCUCCUCCGACCGCCGCCUCUCAAAGUAUCAACUACUCCACACUGUCCGUACCCACAAAGGAGCUGACGACAACGCCUUCAACAGCGCUUACCAUUGCGAAGACAAGAACAACAACAACAAAAUCGGUGUCUCGCUCUCAAAAGACCUAAUGAAAAUCGCCGGAGAAGCUCUCAAAACGAACAUUGCCACGCUUGGACCGCUACUCCUACCAGUGUCCGAACAACUUCUAACUUUUGCGAGACUCGCGGCUCGAAAAGUGUUUAAAGUCAAUAGAAUCAAACCUUAUGUUUAUGAUAUCAAGCUAGCUUUCGAGCAUUUUUGCAUCCACGCAGGAGGCAGGGCAGUGCUCGAUGAGAUUCAGAAGAAUUUGGAUCUUUCCGAGUGGCAGAUGGAGCCAUCGAGGAUGACUUUGAACCGGUUUGGGAACACUUCGAGUAGCUCGGUUUGGUAUGAGCUUUCUUAUAGUGAAGCUAAAGGAAGGAUUAAAAGAGGGGAUAAGACUUGGCAGAUUGGUUUUGGGUCAGGUUUUAAGUGUAAUAGUGCGGUUUGGAGAGCUUUAAGAAGUAUUGAUCCGUCCAAGGAGAAGAAGACUAAUCCAUGGAUCGAUGAGAUUCAUGAAUUUCCAGUUCAGGUUCCGAGGAUAUCGUCAUCCUCGUCGGAAUCUCGAUAGAUAAAAGCUUCAUAUGUGUUAAAAGGGCAUUAACGUUCGGACUGAAACGUCAUCUAUAUUAUUAAAACCGAUGUAUA